AUGAAGUUUGGCCAUCACCUCAAGACCUCUCUAUAUCCAGAGUGGACCUUCUACUAUCUAGACUACGAAGGUCUAAAGGUAGAAUUAAAAAAAGGUACACGCGGAAAACAGUGGGACGAAGAUGCCGAAACCAGUUUCAUGGAGCUCUUGGAAAAGGAGCUCGACAAAGUCUACAAUUUCCAAGCUGUUAAAUCGGGAGAAAUCGUUAGACGAAUGGAAUACUGUGAGAAGCGGAUAAACGAGUUAACCGAGUCAAAGGAUACAACCGAAGAUGAUUACGUGGCGAUUGAACACGAGCUAGGAUUGAUUAUUGCUGAUGUUCACGAUCUGGCUAAAUUUACAAGAUUGAACUACACAGGUUUCUUGAAGAUAAUAAAGAAACACGAUAAACAAACGAAAUGGGUUGCCAAACCAAUGGUUCUAGCCCGGUUAAACCUCAAGCCCUUCUACAAGGAAAACAAGGACGCUCUGAUCGUAAAAAUAUCUCGACUCUACGACAUCGUUCGCACGCGGGGACAUCCUGUAAAAGGCAACAGCGCUCAAGGCAAGACGCAACAAAACUUUGUCCGCAACACCAAAAAAUACUGGGUUCACCCUGACAACAUCACAGAACUAAAGCUUGUCAUCCUCCAGCAUCUACCUGUGUUGGUGUUUAAUCCCAACAAGGAAUUCGAACCAGCUGAUUCGGCGAUUUCUAGCAUCUACUUUGACAAUGAAGAUUUUGAAUUGUAUGUUGGAAGGGUUGAGAAGAAUGAAGGAGCCGAAGCCAUUAGACUGCGAUGGUAUGGCGAUAUGGACAAUCGGGAAAUCUUUGUAGAGCGUAAGACACAUCGAGAGGACUGGACUGGGGAGAAAAGUGUAAAGGCCAGGUUCCCAAUUAAGGAGAAAUACGUAAAUAAAUAUUUGAGAGGAGAACAUAGCAUGGAGAAAGCAUUGCAAAAGUCAAGGAAUAAGGCCAAGAGUGAAAAAGAAAUUGAGAGCCUCAUUACAUUGUCUAAGGAAAUACAAUAUAGCAUAUUGAGCAGGAAACUCAGACCAGUUCUUCGAACUUUCUACAACCGCACAGCAUUCCAACUCCCUGGUGAUGCUCGCGUACGAAUAUCACUCGACACAGAACUCACGAUGAUUCGUGAAGAUAAUUUUAAAAAUGAUCCCAAACUACGUUCCGGAAACAAUUGGAGACGAAUGGAUAUUGGUAUAAACUAUCCAUUUGAUAAUUUACCCGAAGAGGAAUUAACGAGAUUCCCGUAUGCAGUGCUGGAGGUCAAAUUACAGACACAGUUGGGGCAGGAGCCACCUGAAUGGGUUCAGGAGCUAGUGAACAGUCAUCUGGUUGAGCACGUCCACAAGUUUUCCAAGUAUAUUCAUGGUGUUGCAACGCUGAUGGAAAGUCGUCGCGUUCCUCUUUUGCCAUUCUGGCUUCCUCAAAUGGACGCCGACAUUCGCAAACCGCCCAUCCCUCGUAUUGGUAUCACGCGUAGUGAACCAAACACACCGGCGAACGAAGCUAAUAAACGUCUCGGGCACGACGACUCGCAUAUUGAAGUUCUCGUCGAUGAUAUUGGUUCACGUGAAUCAGAAGGUUUAACAGAGAAUACUCCGCUAUUGUCUAGAGCAAAUGGGAGAAGUUACGGUGGGAACGGUAGUGCGUCAGCGUCUUAUCAGAACGGUGGACACCCAUAUGAAGCCGAGGAAGGAUCGUCAUCUGGAAUGGUCGGACACAUACCGACCAAGUUCCAAGGGAAGAGGGUUUAUAUCCCUGUAAGAGUUGAGCCUAAAGUAUAUUUCGCUAACGAGCGGACAUUCUUGUCUUGGUUGAAUUUUACCGUUAUUCUUGGAGGAUUUGCUGUUGGCUUAUUAAAUUUUGGCGAUAAAAUCGGGAGAGUUGCUGCAGGGAUGUUUACUCUAGUCGCAAUGUCUGUGAUGCUGUAUGCUUUGUAUAUGUUUCAUUGGCGAGCACAAAUGAUUAGAAGGAAGGAAUAUGGGCCAUAUGACGAUAGGGUUGGGCCUACUUUCCUUUGUUCCGCAUUGUUAUUGGCAGUGCUGAUUAAUUUCUGGUUGAGGUUUGGCGACGAGGAAUGA